AUGAGACAUGCUUCAUAUGUAGGUAAAUCUGCAGACUUUUUCUACAGAAAACUUUCUGAAUUUCGGAAAAGUCAAGACACACUAAAAGAGGCAACACAGAUGACCAGUUCUUCCCUGCUUGCUUCAUAUGAGGUAUCUUUGCUUGUAGCCAAAUCGAAAAAACCAUACUCAGUUGCUGAGGAAUUAAUUGUGCCAGCAGCUGCCAUCCUAGCAGAAACAAUGUUAGACAAGAAGGCAGCAGAUGCAAUUAAAACGGUGCCUUUAUCCAACGACACUGUAUGCCGUCGGAUUGAUGAUAUGUCUGCGGAUAUCCUUGCGAAAGUGGUGGAGAAAUUAAAGCGGUCUGACUGUUUUGCUUUACAAUUAGACGAGUCAACUGACGUUAGUGGCAAAUCACAACUGGUAGCGUUUGUUCGCUUCAAGGACACAGAUAAUAUCACCGAACAUAUUCUUUUCUGCAAGCCAAUGCUGGCCAGAACCACCGGCGAGGAUGUUUUUAAUGUUGUGGAUUCUUUUUUCACGGAGCACUCGUUGGACUGGCAGCGCUGCUCACAUAUCUGCACGGAUGGUGCAGCAUCAAUGAUGGGGCGCACCCGUGGAUUCCUCGCACGCGUAAAACAGGUAAACCCUGGCAUUAAGACAGUUCACUGCAUAAUUCACAGGGAAGCUUUAGCUUCAAAACGUAUGUGCCCCAAAUUACACGAAGUCCUUAAUGAUGCUGUUAAAAUCAUAAACUUCAUCAAAUCCCGACCUCUAAAUGCCAGACUGUUUGAAAAACUAUGUGAUGGAGCAAAUUCUGAACACCAGCAAUUGUUGCUUCACACUGAUAUACGCUGGCUCUCAAGGGGAAAAACACUCCAGAGACUGUUUGAGUUACGGGAUCAAGUCAAUGACUUUCUCUCUGAGCACUUGCAUUCACUUGCACCACUGCUGAAGAACAACAGCUGGCUGGCAUAUUUAGCUUACCUGGCAGAUGUUUUCAGCAGGCUGAAUGACUUGAACUUGGAAUUGCAAGGUAAAGACACAACUGUCCUACACCUGUAUGAUCGAGUUUCAGGGUUCAUGAAGAAAAUUGAGCUCUGGUGUCGGAAAUGCCAGAAUGGGGAUGUCAGUAGUUUCCCUCAGCUGGACAUGUGCCUUGUUAAUGUGAGAGCUGAAAAAGUGAGCAUUCUGCAGACAGUACAGGCACACUUGGACAAACUUUCCUCUGAGUUCAGAUCAUAUUUUCCUGACAUUGAGGUUCAUAAUUCUGCACUUGACUGGAUAAGGAACCCUUUUGUGGCUACCUGCACCCAGACCGUUCCUGUUACUCUCCAGGAAAGACUUAUUGAUGUGUCCUCAGAUAGGGGUUUGAAAAUAAUGUUUUCAGAAACAUCACUGACACAGUUUUGGUGCAAUGUUGAAAAGGAGUACCCUGAUGUUGGGAAACAUGCUCUGUAUGAACUGCUGCCUUUUGGAUCAACCUAUUUGUGUGAGGUCACAUUUUCAGCCAUGGCACACAUAAAGACAAAACAGAGAAACAGACUCAGCUUGGAGAGGAACCUUAUUGCUGCUGUUGCUACACUUCACCCCAGGAUGCACAAGCUUAUUUGUGAUAAACAGGUGCAAAUUUCACAUUAA